AUCAGAUGUCAUCGUUCGAGCUGUAUUGCUGAACUGUAGAGAAACAUCAAUGUGAACUGAAAUGAUAUCCGAACCAGGCGGUUUAUCUCCACUGGCUGAUGUUCAACCCCCGACGUACCAUCAGGCUGCUCGCAUGCCCACCAUCCAACCAGAACAGUAUCGUUAUCGGAUUAGCAGCAUUACAGAUGAAAAUGAAAACAGUGAAUCAUCCUGUUGUUCCCAAGUAAUGACGUCACCCGUGUGUCACUGGCUUUCCGCCGUGGCUGAUAUGUGUGCGUACCAAUGUACUAUAUGGUGUUGCGAGGGAAAUGACGAAGUUGACUUGGUUUCAUACGUGCACCACACAACUGAAGGUCAAUACAUUAGAAGGGUGCCUGAACUCGUGCCUGAGCCCCUACGACAUGACUACGACAUGGGCAGAGCCUCCCUACCCCACAACAAUGAAAUUACCAGAGAACAUGACGAUCUACCGCCAACAUACGAUGAGAUUGCCAUAGAGACAGAGCAAUUACCAAGCUACGCAGAGUUAAACACAGGCCCCGUGUUACAGGAUUUGGCAUAUUUGUGAUGUUAUUGAUUAAAAUAAUACAUCGCAUUGGAAUCAUUUCGCUAAAACAAUUACUUUUUACUGUCCAGAUAAAAAGUCCUUGGCAAUCGCUAAAAUGAAUUUGGAUGCGAGUUCCACUACAGAUUGCAGGUUGGUAUAGACAAAUCCUAAAUGCCCGGUCAAUCAAAGGGCGUGUAAAGGUAAAGUUAGGAAAUAACCCGUGACUAAUAAUUAGGCUGAAAUGAGCAACGGACUAACUCAUUCAAAACUUUCUUCUUCCUCAAUUGGUCACAUCAUGUCCAAUCAGCUGCCAAGAGGCAGGACAACGACAGGCUGGGCUGAAUGGACCAGUACACCGGGGUAUAACCCCUAGUUUUCUCGAUGGAUAUAGGCCUAUACUGGGUUAAUUAAACUACGCACGAGCCAAUAAUUGUGUACACUGAGCCUACGGUUUAGAGUCCUUAUCCGAGAAGACUUGUUCCACCACCAGGACCAUCGGCGAGCGUGCCGUUCGUUAGUUUUAUAAUUUCGUAUUUAUAUUUCUUUUAUUUGUUUUGAUAUUCCUCAGUUGAGGCCGUGUUUAAAGUCUCUAUCGCAUCCUGAUCGGAUAUAAUAUUCUCAUGUCGCCCUCUAUCUAAAAGUGUAACGUAGGAUCCUGAGAGGGUGGCAGAGAAUGUGCAGAGUUUAUUAUAAGUACUGUACAAUAAAAACUCCUGUUGCAUUCAAUACAAAACAGAUUGCAACUGUUCAGUUUUCGCUGAGAGAAAAAUGCUGAAAAUAAGAAACUAUAUAUAUAUAUAAUGAGCGAAAUACGGUAAGGAAUGAAAGACCUGUAUGAAUAAGCAACGGUAAAAUAGGUAACGGUAAAAAUAAGGUAUUUUUAUGUGUUUGUUGUGUUCAUAUGCGCGCGAACGUGAAUAAUUUCUCAGUAUAAUUUCCAAUUGAAAGCUUGACAAAGUAAACAAUUAAAAUAGUGAAUUUCACAGUUUUUUUCUUUAUUAUCAUAUCUUUAAUUUAAGCCCUGUCCAGACUAUCAAUUUGUAUUUGACAAAAACAUGUGACAUGUCUAAAUAUGGCCACGAUGACAUCACAUCAUCACCAUAUAGGCCUAUAGGCACAUCAUGACUAUAUAUGGGUACCGUAUACACAAGUUUUUUAUUUUUUUUACAAGAAAAAUUCACGAUCUGGACAGCGCAAUCUGCCCUUGUGAGUAUAAAUGCGAUUUUAUAACGGUAUAUGCUUAGGUUUAUCAUUAGGCCUAUGUGCUAAGGUAUUUGAUAUCAUGAAGUCAAAUAUACAUCAAAGCGCUCGAGGUGUGAGCCAGCUCUUACAGUAGCUUGUGUCUCUCGUGUCUGAGCUACCCGGCAAACCGGUACCAGAUACCCUAAUGUCAAGGCACGUGUCGUCUACGCACAUGGGCGUCGAUCGGUGGGGGACAGGGGGACACGUCCCCACACUUUCCAAAGUAAGGGGAACAUCAAUUGUUAUAUAUAUAUAUAAAUAAUCAAAGAAAGGUAAAUACAGUGUUCAAAUAAAGGACUUAAUAAAUACAUCGUGUAGCAUAGCUGUCAACGAACGUAGUCCUGUAAAUA